AUGAUCUCAGCUGACGGCCCCAAUGCCAGAGCCAAAGCACGAGGCCGUUACUGGGGCACCACGGCCAUCAACCUGUCGGUCAUGAGCCACAGCCAGGCCAACCCCAUCGCCAGCAACGGCCAGGAUUUCGUAUCAUACACUUGCGAGAAUGAGAUGAAGUUUGAUGCCCUCCAGCCGUCUCGUGGCACUUUUCAUUACGGCAAUGCAGACCCUAUUGUUGCGCAGGCCAAGGCGAAUGGCAUGAACAUGCGUUGCCACGCGCUCAUCUGGCAUUCGCAGGUGCCCGCCUGGAUCGGAUGUAUAAGAGCGUGGGUUAUUCAAUGCCUGGAGGGUGAAUCAGUAUGCUGCUACGCUUGGGAUGUUGUCAAUGAAGCCCUCAACGAAGAUGGCACAUACCGCACCACUGACUCGGUUUGGUACCGCACUAUUGGAGUCGAUUACAUCCCGCUGGCGUUCAAGGCAGCCAGGGCCGCUGACCCCAGCGCGAAGCUGUGCUACAACGACUAUAACUGCGACCGCCCAGGUCGCAGGGCAACCAGGGCGCAGAAUAUGUUCCGCAUGGUCCGGGAUGCUGGUGCACUCAUUGACGGCAUGGGCCUGCAGGGCCACAUGGCUACUGGGCAGAUUGAGUCACUUGCUACUCUGACUGAGAAUCUCAGGGCGUUUGCCAAUUUGAACGUUGAUGUUGUGUACACGGAACUUCAGGCCACAGAUUGGCCCACCGUCGUUCAAGCCUGCCUCGCUGUCGCGCGCUGCGUCGGCAUCACAGGUUGGGGUUUCACCGACGCGCACACCUGCAUCGGCGGCGGCAACCCACUCAUCUGGGACGCAAACUAUCAGAAGAAGCCGGCCUACAAUGCCAUUCUCACUGCCGCUCCCCCCCUGUACGGCCAGUGCGGCGGACAAGGCUACACGGGCAGCACAUGCUGCAGCUGGGGGACGUGCCGUGCCCAGAACCAAUGGUACUCGCAGUGUCUGUGA